GCAUUUCUGCUUUCUCUUUGUAUUUCCAGAUGCACUUCUUAAAGAACGCAACACACCUGCGGACAUGUUGUGCGAGGUGCCGGCGUUAGCGCUGCACUUAAUAUCGCCUCCUCAUCCAUUAACCCGCUCAGGGACUGCGGGAGCGCUUAACUCCAUCCAACUAAAACAACAACAACAAAAAUAAAUCGGGUGAAAGAGAGAGAGAGACUGACUGCAACAACGACGACACCAACAAUUGCAUCCUCGAGACGCGAGAGCGGGGCGCUGCUGGACAAACUACUAUGAUGAAGCUAAAAUCGCUGUUCCGUAGGGGCCACGGGCCUCCGAGCGGCGGCAAUGCGGCUCGGCCGGGCAAGCGCGGCGCGGCCGCCGGGGUGCCGCCCGCCGCGGCGCCGGCGCCUCCGGGCCAGGAGGGGGCCCCCGCCCCCAACGGCGCCAACGGCGCCAACGGCGUCAGCACGCUGCCGCGGGCGCAGCUGGCGCAGCAGGAAGGGCUGGUGCGCUCGUUCGGCUCGGCCGAGAUCCCCAAGGGGCAGCCGUCGUCGCUGCAGCCGCCGGGCGAGGCGGCCGCCGUGCUCAAGGGCGCGGCCAGCAUCUCCAGCCUGGACAGCAAGCACCACAAGUUCCAGCUGCCGCAGCUGCCCAAGCAGCUGCGGGGCGGCAAGGGGCGCGCGCCGUCCGCCGACACCGCCCCGGCGGCGGCCGCGGCGGCAGCUGCGGCCUCCGCGGCCUCGACCAACGGCAACCCGGCGGAGGUGCCGGCGCCUCCCGUCAACAACAACAGCAUCAUCAACAAUAACAACAACAACAACCACCACCACCAGCAGCGCAGCAGCGCCGACCUGGAGUCGAUGCACAGCCUCCAGGGGACUCUCCAGGGCCUCCAGGGCGAGCUGGACAAGGUGACCCGCGACAAGCUGCUGCUGCAGCGCCGCGUCGAGGAGCUGUCCGGGAGCCAGGGCGAGCUGCAGUCCCUCCGCCAAGAAGUGGCUCGGUUACGGGAACAGCAUAGUGCAGAAAUGGAUGUAAGCGUAGAAAAUAUGACGUCCCACAACUGUGGAUUAUCAGACAUGGAGAAGGAGCAACUCCUCCUCAAUGCGAGCAAUUCUAGUAAUCGUCAGAAGUCACCUAUACCUUUGAACAAUGGAGGGAUUAAUGACCUGUGUGCAACAACAAGUACAAAUGGUGUUCUACCCGAUGUGUGCGACCCGAUAUGUGUCACUCCUGAUCGAGACAGAGAUUGGGACAAGCAUUCCUGCAGCAGUUUGAGUGAAGUUUCAGUAGCAUGCCUUCAAGAUAGAAUUAUGCAGAUGGAGGAAACCCAUUACAGCACCAAUGAGGAACUGCAAGCUACACUCCAAGAACUGGCUGAUCUACAAACUCAACUUACUGAGUUGCAGUCAGAAAAUGAACGCCUCACUGAAGAGAAAGGUGUUCUGCUUGAGUCGCUAUGUAGACAAACUGAAAAACUUGAAGAUUCACGUACUAAAGUGGAUACACUUCAAGAAUUGUUGUUAAGAGAGGAAGAUGGAAGUGGCCCUGGUGGUGGUGGAGACUCACUGCAUGGCCCUGGAGAAAGGGAACAAAAACUUGUGGAACUUCUCAAGAGUGGUCAGGAGGAACGUGAGGCCCUUCUAGUCAAACAGGAUGAGUUGACAUCAGAAUUGGUUGAACUAAGGGCAGCAGCCGACUCGCAUGUUGCUGAAAAUGCCAGGCUAACUGAUAGAGUGAGGCUUCUUGAGUCAACUGUUGAUGCCACUCAUGCAGAAAGAAAGCACCUUGAUCAAGAGUUGGCAUUAGCAAAGGAGGAAAGUAGUUCUAGACACAUAGAAAUUUCAAGAUUAUCAACACUUCUAGAAAAUGCCAGAGCAAAGAUUGAAGAAUUGGAUCAUGCGAGAGAACUUGGGGACAGAUCAGAGGUAGAGUCAUUAUUAGACAAUGUUCGGAAAGAAAAGGAUAUUCUGGAGGGACAAGUUGCUUCUCUUCAAGAACAAUUAUCAAGGUCACAGUGUGAAGUUUCAAAGCUAAGAGAGCAGUUAAGCUCUCUUCAAGAAGAAUUCAAGGUCAUGCGUAACAAUUCCAAACAAAUUCGUAAAGAGAAAGAAACUUUAGCAACUGAAUUUGCUACUUUACAAGAAUCGGCAAAUGACAUAAGAAUGCAGUGUCAGUGCCAUCUUGAAGAUAAACGGCAACUUAAAGCUGCUCUUUCUGAAACUCAAAGGCAUUGUGCUGACGUUGAGCAGAGAUUAGCUCAUUAUGAGUCUGAUCUCGCUGAGGAAAAGAGACUCCGUAGUGAAGAGAGUGCUGAAUGGCAACAAUUCCAAUCCGAUCUUUUAAUGACUGUACGAGUAGCCAAUGAUUUCAAGACUGAAGCACAACAUGAGUUAGAAAAAUUAGUGUUGGAAAAUAAAUCACUUCGGGACAAAGUUCGAUCGCUGGAGUCUCAACUGGAAAAACUGAAAGUGUAUGCCAGCAGCAAGGAAGGGGAUCAGCACGUACCUACCAUGGUGUCAGCAAGUCCAGUUCAAGCAGACAGUGUAGAGUCAUCAAUCUUAUCAGAAAACUUGAAACCUAUUACAGUAUAUAGUGGUAACAUCAAUCAAGAUUUAGGAGAUGCAUGUGCCUGUCAAAAUAUUUUAAUUAAUGAAAAACAGGAAGAACUAUCAGUGGAAGGACAGACGAGCACCUGGGCUGAGAAAGCACUAAGUGGAAAACCAGAUAACCACAUUGUAUCCUUAGAGGAUCAGGAGCCAAGCCCUCAAUUAGUCAAGAGCCCGCUAAAGGACUUCUUUGACCGUCUGAAUGAAGCUGAAAGCUCUAAAAGGACGAAACCUCAACAAGCAUCCUGCAAAUAUGUAGUGGCAUCAGAAUGCCCUGGACAGGUGUUGUCCAGUUUACCAACUAUUGUUGUAAGGCAGCCUGAGGAUGAUGAAAUAAAAUACCAGUCUCAACAAGCUGAAUGUCAGUCUAAGAAAGGUGGAAAUUUUACUGAUGCUAACAUCCCAAGGGAGUACAAAAGCCCUCUGAAAGAUUUCUUUGAGUCCCUGAAAACUCGUAAAGAAUUUCAGGAAAGCCUGCCAAUAAAAAGGAGUGUAUUGAGAGAAUUUUUUGAUUCUCUGAAGACCAAAAAGGAAUUGCAAACAAAUGAAAAUACAAAGCCAAUAAAUCAUGCGAGUAUAGAACGUGGGGAAAGUAUCUCGCACGACAUCACACCAGUCUCUCUUGGUAAAGUGCAAAGAGAGCAAGAUAAGGUAUUAGCUGAUAGUAGUUUCCAUGUCCUUGCUUCACCUGGGAGUCAAAAAUUUCCUGAAGGUAGUAUUACAUCAUCCCCCAGAAAGGGUGGUAAAUUGAAACGCAGUCGGCCAGUAUCAGGCUCACCACCCCCUCAUGAUCCUCUUGAACAAUUGAAAGCACAAGGCUCACAGCACAAGUUUCUGAAACUCAACUGUAAGAACUUGCACUUUGAAAAGGUGGUGCGCAAACCUUCAUUACCUCCUCUUCCUGAACAGAACGAAUUUGUUCCUACCCAUGAAAAAAAAUUAAGCUCUGAAGAUUUUUCAUUUACUCCACUCCCUUUUUUUGAUAUUAAUAAAAAUCUGAACAGCAAUCAUGUUUCUCGUGAUCAGAGGGUGCCUUUAGUGAAAGCUCAUUGCAUCUUCAUUGAUGAUGAUGAAGAGCAAGAAGAAUUAUACAAAUGCAGUAUUUCUAUGCCUUUAGAAAGUGAAGCUAAAGCAACUGUACCAAAGCAAAUUUAUUUGGAAGCAAAUGAGGAUUCCAGAAAUCAAGUAAUUUUUGAAAUGCUUUCGGAUGCGUUUUACAAUAUUAAUGACUCUUCAGAGACCAUUAAACAAAGUACAAAAGAAUCAACUCCAUCCAACAACACUCCAAUAGUUGUGGAUUGUGUCAUGAAGAGUAGUUUUGGUCCUAAAGAUGAAAGUAUCUCUAAUUCAGAUAACACUGCUUCAGUAUGUGGUGUUAGAAAAAAUUCUGAUACGGAAAUGGAGGUUGAAAGUGUGUUUUCUCAAAGCUCUCCCACCCAGCAAGUGCCAGUCAUAGCCAUGCAAACUAUAGCAAAAAGCCGAUCGCCUACAUUAGAAAUGCUGCGGUCUGUAGGAUUUGUUCGUGAAUCAAAGCGUCGCUGGUCUGGGGAGGUUGACAGUGAUGAUGACCACUUUGUUAGGUCACCAAAUAGAAAUUCUUGGCAUGGACCUUAUAAUCAACCAAGACCCAUCCAUUCAAACAAGAGUCCUAAACUGUCUAUUUUCAAAGAUCAAGACCCUGAAAAACCUGAACAAUUAAUUGUCAGAGCCGACAAUUUGCAUAAACCACCAUUGACACAUUCUAAAGUUAGUGCGACCUUGCAGUCAUCGGAUGAGCAGGAGGUGGGUUCCCAGCCCAGUUCUUUUAAUCUUCAGCUUUCUCCAGCUGUUCAGUGUUGUCCUUCUGCCCAGAAAUGUGGCUCGCCCCCACCUGCUCACCACCCGCCUGUGAUGCUACGUUCAGUGUCCAUGUCUGGUGCCAUGUCAUCCACCAUUGGUGCCACUGUCGGUGACUCAGUGCUGAAUGAAAUAGCAACAGCCCGACGAAACAAACCUGGCAUAUCUCGUCAGGACUCAAGACUGUCUGUCAAGUCCCUUAUAGAAAGCAUUGAAAAUGCUACAAAGCAGGCCAAGACUAGUAAGGGGCCUGGUGGCAGCCGUAGUUCCUCAACUUCCAGUCUCAGCAGUAUCGCCAGUGAUGUGAGGGCAGCAUCAGUAGCAGUUGGUGCAGCAAAUUUGUCGCCAUCGACUCCAUCCUCCCCGUUACGACACCUCACGCUAGCUGACUCCGAGCCACUUUUUAAAGGGCCAUUACGAGACCAGCAGUCCAAUAACCAGAAUAACAACAAUCAACUUCACAAUAAUAACAAUAACAAUAUGCACUCAAAUAAUCGACUUGUGCAGCAACAGUCUCGCAAGAAUGUGCUCAGUGAUAAUGGUAAAGCCAACAGUCUGGAUAGUCUGAAGGCCAAUUCAAAGGCUUGUGAAGAUGUUACCCAAGUGUCACAACCACCCCUUGCACUAGCGAGUUUGGCCCAUCACCCAGGCCUCACUACACCAGUCUCCAUCCUAGCCAGCAAGAGUAUGGAUUAUACAAGGCGCAACAGCUGUGGUGAUUUAAGUGAGAGGAAAGAUCCACUGGCACCCUUAGUGAAGAAUGGUGGUUCUAAAAGAAAUGCAUUGUUAAAGUGGUGUCAAAAUAAGUCAGUUGGUUAUCGUAAUAUUGACAUUACUAAUUUCUCUAGUUCUUGGAAUGAUGGUUUAGCAUUUUGUGCUAUUCUCCAUUCAUACCUUCCUGAUAGAGUACCUUAUGAUACUUUGACACCUAAUGAGAAGCGACGUAACUUUACCAUUGCAUUCGCUGCUGCAGAGUCUGUUGGUAUCCCUACAACUUUGAAUAUCAAUGACAUGAUUCAGUUAGAGAGACCUGAUUGGCAACAAAUCAUGGCCUACGUUACAGCCAUCUACAUUCAUUUUGAAACUUGAAAGUCAUUUUAAAACUCAGCUUACAUUUUAUAGUACCCUGAAAAUUUUGAUGUUUGACAAUUAUUUUUAUUUUUGUCAAAUGACAUGUGAUGUUGAUAUUUUGAGGUUUUGAUUAAGAUUGAUACCAUAAGAACCUCGUUAAAAUCCAAGUUAUCAAUUGAAGUUUUGUACUUGCUGCAUCCUGCCACCAUGCUGUGGCUGUAAAACCAAGCUAGUCAACCAAAAGAUUGUCCUGUAUUUAAUAAUAUUAAUUAACUAUGUGAAGUAAAAAAUAUUGUUUUCAAUUUUUAUGUCAAGAAGUUAGUUCUUAUAGACAAUCAUCAUGUGAAUAUCUCUCUGUGUAUCUAUCUUUCUUUUAUAAUGCAAGAAGGUACUAUCAGUUGCAAUUUGUAACUUUUCCCUCCUUUUAGGCAGUUAUUAUUUUAGUCAGCUUUUAAUAUUUGCCAACUGUCAGCACCCGUGAUAUUGAAGUCAAGGUCUUCCCUAGCUUGCUGAAGGCUAAAUGUUAGUUAUUUCAUAACUGACAGCUUUAUUUUUUAUUUUUAUUGAACUUUUCCAUGCAAGCAAUCAUAGUUUUAGCAGGUUUAUCAACUGUUUUGAAGUAUGGAUGUUAUUAAUGGGACUGUAUAAGUCUGAAAUUGACUCUGUGCCUUCAGUAUUGUAUCCUUGCACCAUUGCUUUGCCAUCAGUAUUUUAAAUAUGGAGAUAUUUAUUUAAAAAAGAUCCCAUUCAUCGAGUUAAUUCUUUCAAUAUCUGGAAAUGUGUUUGAUCUUUGAUUCAACAUGCUUCUUCCGAGAUGUCAAAUGAAAUUUGAUGGCAACAGAAAAGAAAUUUAUCUUAAGUGGAUUGUACUUAGACGCCUGGAUUAGGCUAUACAAAGGUUUGUGAUGCAUCUACAGUCGUAAAGUGAAGACAGCUUUGAUAGUUCAGUAAUAGACCUAGUCAAAACUGCGCUGCUACUUUUAUAAUUUUCUGUUCUAUCUUGAGUGAUACUAGGUCACAUUUCUCCUUGCUUCCUGGAUAAAUUUGACCCUUCAUGGAGACAAAUGUCUGGUUUUAGGUAUCACUGCUUGAAUUUGGUAUUUGUGUUUCCAUCGGUUCCCAUUUUUCUUUAAACUAUAUCGGCUUCAACCCUUCUGACUUGUGUCACAUCAUUCCAAUGUGCUGUCACAAAUUAGUGACACAGACUGAUUUACUCUUUUCAACUGUAGUUUGUAUUUGUUAUUCUGUCCUGUAUGUUAGGCAGGGAUGAAAGAUUGAGAUUCUUGGCAGCUUUUUUUUAUGUAUUUUUCACUAUUUGUAAUACUCAAAACUUUUAUGUAUGCUUAAAAUUUGCAUAUUUGACCCUUGAGUUGUUGUUUGUUUUGUUUGAAGUCAGAUAAUUCAUUUAUGUUUUCUUUGUCCUUAGUCUCUUUUAUAUUUAUAUACAUAUAUUUCCACUUCUCUCAUAAAUGUAAAAUACAAAAAUUCUCUGGCAAAGAA